UGCAAAAACACUUUGAGCAAACAGCCCUCAGUGGAAAGCAUCUGAUAAGAGCAGCUGCAGUGCUGGUGGCUGGGGCGAGAGGGCUCGGGCGCCCCAUUCGCAGCGCGGCUCCGCGGGGCCGUGCCACCGCACCAUGCCCACCACCCUCUGCCAGGUGAUGGGCUUCCUCGUGUCCUCGCUGGGCGUCGGGGGCAGCAUCAUGGCCACGGCCAUGGACACCUGGAGCACGCAGGACCUCUACGACAACCCCGUCACCGCCGUCUUCCAGUACCAGGGGCUCUGGAGGAGCUGCGUGCGGCAGAGCUCCGGCUUCACCGAGUGCCGGCCGUAUUUCACCAUCCUCGGGCUGCCAGCGAUGUUCCAGGCUGUGAGGGCCCUCAUGAUCGUGGGGAUUGUCCUGGGAAUCCUUGGCCUCUUCGUGUGCAUUUUUGCUCUGAAAUGCAUCCGGAUUGGGAGCAUGGAGGACACUGCCAAAGCCAACAUGACCCUGACCUCUGGCAUCAUGUUCAUCGUUGCUGGCCUGUGUGCCAUCACUGGAGUGUCCGUGUUUGCCAACAUGCUGGUCACCAACUUCUGGAUGUCCACCACCAACAUGUACCAGGGGAUGGGAAUGGGAAUGCAGAACGUCCAGAACAGGUACACCUUUGGCUCAGCCCUCUUCGUCGGAUGGGUGGCAGGGGGCCUGGCCCUCGUGGGAGGCAUCAUGAUGUGCCUUGCUUGCAAAGGGCUCAUCCCAGAAGAGUCCCGCUACAAAGCCGUGUCCUACAACGCCUCUGGCAGGAACAUCUCCUACAGAACGGGGCCCUACAAGUCUGGCCCAGGGUAUGAAGCUGACCCAAAGGCCAGGAAGGGCAUGGGAUAUGAAGAAGCUCCUCGGAGUGAGGAUGGGAGACGCCCCUACCCUUCGAAAUACGACUACGUCUAGCAGACUUUCUGGCCUUGAGCUGUGCUCUCAGAUAUUUUUAACUUCACGAGCAAAAAGUGCAGCAAACCAAGCAGUCUGUAAACAGGGUUGUGUUUUCUAGCAGGUUUUCUCUACUCUGAGGUUGUAUCUUUGUUGUGAGCAUCAGUUUUACUCGACUGCCUAUGAGUAUUAACAGCACCAGGAAGCCUGUGAGCAAAGUUACAACAAGAAAUGCUCUCAGAGUAGAAACAUUUUCUGUAUAAACUGAUAUCUGGGAGCAGUGCCUUGUGCCCUUUCUAAAUUGCUCAAAUAGUGAAAAUCCCCCUUUGAUAAUCGCUGUGUAUUUGAAAUAAAUUCAGUUGUGUCCCCUUGGCUGUGCCCAAAGCAAACAGAGCCUGUGGUCAGGGCAUUUUCCUCCCUGGUGAAUUCUCUACCCAGUCCCACCUUUGCUUUGCUGGCUGUACUCCAACGCUGAUCUGCUCUGAUAUUUAAUCUGAUUUCUGUUUGCUGGAGCCUGUGAUAGCAAAGUGUAUUUAUUUCUUUGGAUCUCUCCAGGGAGUGUGCAUAAUCCAUUGUUAUUCCUGCUCUAAUAGCUCCCAGCCUCCGUGUGCCACCGGUGCUCCCGCAGAUGUCAUCGUUAAUGGAGCCAGGAGAAUUCCCCAUUUAGAAUUAAUUAGAGGUACCUUUGCAGCAAGGAAUCCCAGGGAGCCUUAGAUGUGUAACUCCACACUGACAUCAGGGCUUCCCCGUGGUAAUUCUCCCCCCAGUGAUGGGAAGAUUAAUCCACUCCCUAGUGGAAUGUUGCCUCCUCCAGCCAAUCCAUCAGAGAGGGAGUUUAUUUGAAGGGGGAAGAGGGAGACCUGUCAGAACUUUUGUGGGAAGAGAGAGCUGUGAGCUCUUAGCAGGUCCUCCCACCUGGCUCCAGAGCAGAUCCUAAAAAGCUCUAGACAAUGCCUAUGAAUAGAAAAAAGGGAUAAGUUAGAGAAGAAAGGGGUCCAGACCCUCCAAAAUAACCAUUUUAAUGGCAUCUGCGUGGGCUUGAGCACCACCCCUCAGGAUUACAAAUUCUCCAAGGGAAAUCAGUUCAGACAAAAUUGUUUUGGUGAAAUGCUGGUGUUCCCUGAGUGUUUGAUAUCUUGGAGGGGUCAGAAUCUACAGCUGAACACUUCUGCAGAGUUGGACCUUUGGAAAGUCAAGUUACCACCAGCUGCUCUAUUUUUAAAACAUUGCUACUCUUUACUAUGGUUUGUAUCUCUCAGUAUAAACUUAGUUUUUCUGCUUUUUUUUUUUUUUUUUGCCUGCUGGAUUUUUUUUUGCUUGUUUGUUUUGUUGGC